AUGGCCAGUUUAUUGAGCUCCUCUCUGCCCAGCUGUCUCCCCUCCCUCCUCUUCCUCCUCCUCCAGUUGACUUCCAGCUCUGCAGGACAGUUCAGAGUAAUAGGACCAGGGCACCCCAUCCGGGCGCUGGUGGGGGAUGAAGUGGAAUUGCCCUGUCGCAUAUCUCCAGGAAAGAACGCUACAGGCAUGGAGGUGGGAUGGUAUCGGCCCCCCUUCUCCAGGGUGGUUCAUCUCUACCGAAAUGGCAAAGACCAAGACGAAGAGCAGGCACCUGAAUACCGGAGCCGCACGCAGCUGCUGAAAGAGACCAUUGGGGAGGGGAAGGUGACCCUCAGGAUCCGGAAUGUGAGGUUCUCAGAUGAAGGAGGUUUUACCUGCUUCUUCCGAGAUCACUCUUACCAAGAGGAGGCAGCGAUGGAAUUGAAAGUGGAAGAUCCCUUCUACUGGAUCAACCCCGGCGUGCUGGUGCUCAUCGCGGUCCUGCCAGUGCUCCUCCUGCAGAUCACCGUGGGCCUCGUCUUCCUGUGCCUGCAGCGCAGGCUCCGAGGAAAACUCUGGGCAGAGAUAGAGAAUCUCCACCGGACUUUUGAUCCCCACUUCCUGAUGGUGCCCUGCUGGAAGAUAACCCUAUUUGUCAUCGUGCCGGUUCUCGGACCCCUGGUGGCCUUGAUCAUCUGCUAUAACUGGCUACACCGCAGACUAGCAGGGCAAUUUCUUGAAGAGCUAAGUAAGUUUUUUUCACUUUCUUAUAAGCUGAGAGCAAAAUAG